AAACCAAUUUCAACCUCCUCGCCGGAGAAAAUGGCGGAAGACAAAGAAGCUACGACGAGUUCGCUGAGUCAAGGACUCACUCCUCACCAAGACCCCGACGAUGCUCCCAAGUCUCCUCCCAACUCUCCUAAUUCUUCUACUCGCAAGGCUUGUUAUGGGGUUCUACAGAGUUGGGUGUCUAAGAAGUUUAUGACUGGAUUUGUCGUACUCUUUCCUGUUGCUGUUACAUUCCUCAUCACUUGGUGGUUUAUCCAGUUCGUUGACGGGUUCUUCAGUCCGAUAUACGAGAAUCUUGGUGUUGACAUAUUUGGACUUGGGUUCAUUACAUCUGUACUUUUCACUUUCUUUGUUGGAAUAUUUGCUUCGUCGUGGCUGGGUUCUACGGUUUUCUGGCUUGGGGAGCAGUUUAUAAGGCGAAUGCCCUUUGUGAAGCACAUAUAUUCAGCUUCUAAACAAAUUAGCACUGCUAUUUCUCCGGACCAAAACACUACUGCCUUUAAAGAGGUAGCAAUUAUUCGUCACCCUCGUAUUGGUGAAUACGCAUUUGGAUUUAUCACAUCAUCGGUGACACUUCAGACUGACCAUGGAGAAGAAGAGUUAUGUAGUGUGUAUGUGCCAACGAAUCAUCUGUACAUAGGAGAUGUGUUUCUGGUGAGUAGCGAAGAAAUCAUAAGGCCAAAUUUAUCGAUCCGAGAAGGAAUAGAGAUCAUAGUAUCGGUGGGGAUGACAAUGCCGCAAGUGAUAUCUCAUGCGGACAGGACAACAAAUAGAACUCCUCACCAACACAGUCUCAGGGUUCCUCUCAACAGACUUUAGUUAAUAGCAGUAUGGCCUCUCUACCUUGUAAAGAUAGUUUACGCGUUGUGCUCAAUCGUGAAUUUUUAAAAAUUUCGAAUGACUAUUACAUAUGUAGUAACAAAUAUUCACGAAUUUA